GCGGCCAGGAGCUUCACACAGUGAAACCGACACAGCAGCAUGGCGAGCUGGGAAAAAGAUCUGAUUCUUCCCCAUUUAUCAAUGGGAACGAAAACAACAAGCCUCGGAGUUCUCCGGUUUUUAUUUAUUGCAUUUUUCCAUGCAGCACAGGCCAACAAAGAAGCCUUCAUCCAGUCGGACACAAUUUUAGAGGUACUACGCUUUGGUGAAGGAGGCCUCUUACAGACAGAGUCUGACAUUGAUCUCAGUUCAUAUCAUCAAAAAAGUGCGUCCCUACACCGGGGGAAUUGCAGACCGAUAAGGUUUGAACCACCGAUGCUGGACUUCCACGAGCAGCCAGUUGGGAUGCCCAAAAUGGAAAAAGUUUACUUACACAAUCCUAGUUCAGAAGAAACUAUCAUUUUAGUAUCAAUAUCAGCAACAACAUCCCACUUCCAUGCAUCUUUUUUUCAAAAUAGGAUAAUUCCUCCAGGUGGAAACACAUCUUUCGACGUCGUGUUUCUUGCACGAGUAGUUGGGAAUGUAGAAAAUACCUUAUUUAUUAAUACAUCACAUCACGGAAUGUUUACAUACCAGGUGUUUGGUGUUGGCAUACCUAACCCUUACAGACUGCGUCCAUUCAUUGGGGCAAGGGUUCCUGUAAAUAGCAGCUUUUCACCGUUAAUAAAUAUACACAACCCACACAGCGAACCACUGCAGGUGGUAGAAAUGUACUCAAGUGGUGGUGACCUUCAUCUGGAGCUGCCUACAGGACAGCAAGGUGGCACCAGGAAAUUGUGGGAAAUACCACCUUUUGAAACAAAAGGAGUGAUGAGAGCUAGCUUUUCAUCACGAGACGCUGAUAAUCACACUGCCUUCAUCAGGAUAAAAACAAAUGCCUCCAACGAUAAUGAGUUCAUUAUACUCCCAGUGGAGGUUGAGGUGACCGCAGAACCUGGUAUAUAUUCGUCAAUAGAAAUGUUAGACUUUGGCACAUUACGAUCGCAAGAUCUACCAAAACAGUUAAAUCUACAUCUUCUAAAUUCAGGAACAAAAGAUGUACCAAUAACAAGUGUUAGACCAACACCAUCAAAUGAAGCUGUUUUGAUAGAUUUUAAGCCAGUCACAUUAAAGGCUGGAGAGAGCAAAUAUACCAAAGUUGCAAGUAUUAGUUUUGAUGCUUCAAAAGCAAAAAGACCAUCCCAGUUUUCUGGAAAAAUAACUGUAAAAGCAAAAGAGAAAAGCUACUCCAAGCUUGAAAUUCCUUACCAGGCGGAGGUUUUAGAAGGGUACCUGGGGUUCGACCACACAGCUACUCUGUUCCAUAUCAGAGAUAGUCCCACAGAUCCUGUGGAAAGGCCCAUCUAUCUAACAAAUACCUUCAGCUUUGCCAUUCGAGUUCAUAAUGUCUCAUUACCUGACGAGGCAAAAACCAUGUUCAGUGUGCAGAACUUCAGCGAACCAAUCUCGAUUCCACCUCACGAUUCCCGAUACAUAUUUUCACUGCACUUCACACCUGCCAGACCGUCGAUUCACAUAGACAGCAACAUUCUGCUCGUCACCAAUGCCUCGAAGUUUCAUUUGCCCGUGAGGGCUUACACAGGGUUUUUGGAGCCACUUGUUUUGCCACCAAGCCAGGAGGAACACUACUUGGACUUCAGCGUGCUCAGUGCCACAGAAUUCAGCAGCAUUGUAUUUGCUGUCAUCAAUAGCAACCCUAUCGAGCUGGCAAUAAAGUCAUGGCAAGUCAUAGGAGACAGCCUGUCUAUAGAGCUGUUGAAGUCGGAUAAGGGGAACAAGACGGCCAUCCUGUCGAGAAUUGGUGAGCUGCAAAACGGUACAGCAUCAGAUCAGACAACUGUAAUACUAGCUUCAGGCUACUAUGCAGCAUUCAGGGUUACACUGGUAGCUAAGGAAUUGGAAGGAGUGUACGAUGGAGCUAUACAAAUCGCAACAGAUUAUGAGAUCCUAACCAUACCAGUAAAAGGUGUUAUAGCCGUUGGCACGUUAACAAGCUCACCAAAGCACAUUGUUCUUCCAGCGUCCUUUCCGGGCAAAGUUGUACACCAGAGUUUUAACAUUAUGAGUUCCUUCUCACAGAAGGUAAAACUGCAGCACAUACGUUCUCUUACGGAGGAUGUGCGAUUUUAUUACAAGAAAUUCAAGAAUAAUAAGGAAGAGCUAGAGCCAAGAAGAAAAUCUAAGAUUGCAAAUAUUUAUUUUGAUGCUGGUCUUCAGUGUGGAGAUCACUGUUACAUUGGAUUCCCUUUUUUAUCUAAAUCUGAAUCUAAACUGCAUGGGCUAGCAAUGCAAGAAGAUGUGUGGGAUGCAGAUGUCGAUUUGCAUCAAACGUUUCACAAAAGGUGGCGAGAGCUGAAAGAAAACUCGAGGCAUGAGGUAGACGCCAUCUUUGAAGUAGAUACUGACCUUCAGAAAAAUGUUGAAGUCAAAGUAACUGCACAGAUGAUAUGGCCCUCAAUAAUCAAAACAGCACGCCAUAUCAUUUUCCCUCUUACAAACACCAACAGCUCAUCUGAAGAGGAAGUUGUUUUAGAAAACCCAGCAGAUGUUCCAGUCUUCAUCCAGAUUCUACCUUUAGCUUUGUAUCCCCACCCUUCAGUUUUUGCUGAAAAAAUAACAGAAAGGCUUAAUUUGGGAAAGCUCUCAGACUUUGAAAUCAACACGUUUGAGUUCCAGACUCAUAGAAACCAAACUUCCUUCAUUAAAACGAGCACAGGGUUUGUCGAAGGACCUACAAGACCAUUUGUUUACAAUUUGCUGCUGUUGCCUGGAGAAGCCAAGUCCUUUACGGUGAAAUUUACUCCUGUCACCAACCACACCGUCUCUUCUCUGAUUGUUGUAAGGAACAAUCUGACUGUGAUAGAUUCUUUAGUUGUUCAGGGUCAGGGAACAACUGAAAGCCUGAAGGUUGCUGGCAAGGCUCCAGGCCCUGGAAGUUCAUUAAGAUUUAAAAUGACGGAGUCUUUGCUAAAAGACUGCUCAGAAAAAGUGAAAUCAAAAGAACCAAACUUUACUCUCAAAAGAACAUUUAAAAUUGAAAACACAGGACAGCUUCCAAUUUUCAUCAGAUCAGCAGAAAUCAGUGGAUAUCCUUGUGAAGGUUAUGGAUUUAAAGUUGUCAACUGCCAGGAAUUUGCACUUAAACCAAAUGCCUCAAAAGACAUUGUCAUACUGUUCACACCAGAUUUCACUGCUUCGCGAGUUAUCCGAGAAUUAAAGCUUGUGACAGCAGGAGGUUCCGAGUUUGUCUUUAUACUGAACGCAUCACUUCCGUAUCACAUGCUAGCUACUUGUGCUGAAGCCCUACCCAGGCCCAACUGGGAGCUGGAACUGUACAUUAUAAUAUCUUUGAUCAUGAGUUCCAUGUUUCUUUUAGUGCUUGUAACCGCAUAUUUGGAAGCUCAAGGAAUAUGGGAGCCAUUCAAGAGACGUUUGUCUUUUGAAGCAUCUAACACUCCCGUUGAGACAGGGAGGCCAUUUGAUCUCAGGGAAAUUGUAGGGAUUUCAUCUGAUACAAACUUGAAUGAAUAUGGAGAUGCAAACCACAACCUGACAAGAGGAAUGUACUCAGGUGGUCCUUCGUCUAGAGCCAACACAGGAAACCACAGGCAAGGUGGUGCACAGUCACACAUGAACAACAGUCGAAACCCAAUGGACUUUGAAGGUCUAAGAAGGAUCAAUUACAACAGGACCUCUAUGCAAGCACCCUCUGCCCAAUCUGCCAGCAAAGGCAGCAGUAUGGGUUCAGACACUAACACAGGCCAGUGUCAGAUCACCAACAGGAGGCUGCGGACUGGCAAGCACCACCACCAUGCUCACCAACAGCAGACCCAGAGCCUUCUGGAACAGCAGACUCCACAGCCACCAGUGCCUCAACAGCCACAGGCUAACAGCUGUCAGAAAUCGCAGCCUGAAAGCAGCACAGCCAGACACAGCUCUGAGGAUUCAGAUUACACAAGUCUCGUGGAGGCUAUGGACAAAGACCUGGAGCGGCCCGAGUCCCCUUCCACAGAGGUGUUUCAGGAGCAGCCUUCUUGUCCUGCUGCACAGAACAAAGCGAAGGCGAAAGUGCAGCGUAAACCCAAAAUGCAAAAGAAACGGGAGGAAAAAGAGAGGAGAACAAAGGUAAAGCCACAGGAAGAUGAGCUGAAAGACUCCCUCGCAGACAACGACGACAGCUCUUCAACCACCACAGAAACGUCGAACCCAGACAUGGAGGCCAGCAUCAAGGAGGAACCAGAGAAGAAGAAAGGCCGAACGUUCACACUUGACAAAGAAAAAGAGGACAAUCAUGUUUUUCAUAUGAAACCCAAAAACAAGAAAGUAGGCAACAUGAAGAAGGAAAACCAAACAGAUGCAAAGUCCAGCUCUUUGGAACUACCUUAUACAACACCCCUGGAAAGCAAACAGCGCAAGAACUUCACAUCGAAGAACUUGAUACAUCAAGCAUUAACAAAUGGCCCAAAAACAAGGAAUAUGCAGAAACAAAGAGGAACCAGUGGGAAACCUGAGGAUUUUAGACCAUCUCCCUUGGUGAAGUUUCUCUCCAUCGGUUCUGGCCAGGAGCUGGGACACAGCAGCAGCUCGGAAGGAGAAAAGGAUUCGCCUCCACCAGAGUGGGAUUCUGUACCCAUCCACAAAGCGGGCAGCUCCACGGACAGCCUCCAGCAGAUCUCCAUACAGACAAUGAAUGCAGAUGCUUUCCUGAAGAGACCCCUCUCUGCCACAUGCAGGGCUUCCUCCCCACCACCUGCACCUUUCAGCUUGAUUACACGUGGCUCCUACAGCAGCGUUGUCAAUGCAAACAGUGAGACGGGUAUAAAGAAGCCAAGUGGAAGCAAACACAAGUUAACAAAAUCAACUUCUCUACCUGGCAAAAAUGGGAAUCCUACCUUUGCAGCUGUUGCUGCAGGCUAUGACAAAAGUCCAGGUGGCAGCGGCCCAGUAAAGAGUGCACUCAGUAAAUCUGACAUUCAUGGCAACAUGACCAUACCGAACAUGAUGCCUCUGGAGAGCGAUGGUUCAGACAGUUCUGGAUUAUGGAGCCCAAUUGACAGUUCUAACAGCCCAAGCUUCAACUCUGUUAAUUCUUUCUCUGCGUUUGGACCUAAUAACACCUUUAAUCUAUCUGGAGUCGUCAGUUGUAUUAAUUUUCCCAAGACCUACAAUCAGGACAUCCAGCAGAGCUGGCCAGAGCUGUCUCAAGUGCCCCCCUCCAUAUGGGACUCUCCAAGCAGUGACCCCUUGGCUUCCUGGCCCACCAGCUCAGGCUCUCCAACAGCUCCCACUGCAUCCAUCCUUGGCAACACCAGCAGCCUUUGGUCUUCAACCACUCCAUUCAGCAGCUCCAUCUGGUCGACCCGUGUGGACAGUACCCUGCCCUCCUUUACUCCGUCCCCCACCACCUCCACCCUCGCAGACCUGAUAGGAAGCAGUGAGAGCACCAGCGCUGCCCCAGCUCCACCCUCGACUCCCACCGAGAUAGGCAGGACCUACAACCCCUGGAACAUGUGGCGCCCCACCCUCAGCAGGAGAAGCUCCGAGCCCUGGCCGAACACCUCCGCUUUUCCAUCGGACACCGGCAACUGAGGAAAAUCGGCAUCGUUUAGCCCGCAGGUUCUCGAAGCCAGUAUGAGCAUUGUACGUGAUGUGCACUUUUUUAAUGCAAAUUUCUAUGCUAUAACAAAUACUCUCAUUGAUGCUUCCCAUCAGCAGGGGAUGACUCAAAACUUGCUUCAAUAGGACCCCCAGCCCUACUGUCACGUUUAACAGGGGGCAGUGAAAUGUUUUCUGCUGCUCUUAUGUCUUGAAAAGUAUGGGACUUAUUAAUUACAUCAACUUUUUAAAUAAACUGCAGCAACCCAACUGUCGAAGGCAAAAGCCAAGUAUUUAUAAUUGAAAAUAUUGCCCUUAUAGGGAUGUCUUGAUUAUUUUUAAAGCUGCCCCCCCCUCCCUUAAGGUAAUACUGUGUAUGGCUUCUCUUUAUGGUACAGUAUUACAGUUUUGAAACGAGCACUUUGUGUAAAGUUAAGUUAAAUCAUGGCUUUAUUAAGGGAUUAUCAUGGUUAAAAGGUGGCAAUAAUGUAUGCAUUGUGGCAGAAGCUUCAAUAUGGUUCAUGGGUAAACUUGAAUGAUGGAUACGGCAACAAUGCAAUGAGGAUAGCUGUAUCCCAGUGUCACCAGUCUCUGUAUUACAAUCUUUGCGUGCUCGGGGCUGUCUCUUUUCUUGCCUCGGUGCAUUUUAACAGGUUGAACUGAAAUACUCAUGGCCGACUCUUAAACAUGGUUUCGAUGUAUUUCUUAUUUAAAAAAACUGGGUUGUACUUUAAAAUAAAAUAAAUUUUUCCACUGA